AUGCUCCCAAAGAACUUCUAUCGAUAUCCACCUGAAAUUCAUGAUUACAUUGUCAUCGGCUAUGUAAUCUUCUUUGUUAUCGUUUGUCUCACAGCUAUUACUCUGAUAUUUUGCCUUACGAAACCAAUUUUCCUCAUUGUCUACCUGUUCCCAGUUAUGUUGUCAUGGGGUAUGGCACUUAUAGUCAUGUUUGUUCUCUAUAACAUAGUGACAUUCGUUCAUAAAAUUCGCAAGACUGAAACCAAGCUAAAAUGUAAGCAGAAUAUGCUGAUAGGCCUCACGGCAAUUUUCCUGGUUGGCAUAGAGCCAAGAGUUAUGACAUUUUGUUUUCUGUACCAACCGGUUCAUCCAUUUGCAACUGGGUACCUACUCUUCCUCUCUUUGUUCAUAAUGCCUAUCCUCUACUAUCUGUUCAUAUCGGAAUCUAAAGUGAAAUGCGUUGUUGUCAACCCUCAUCACAAGAAAAUCGCCCAGAUCAUUGGCAGCAUCCAUUUCUUGAUUCUAAUGAUCACAAUCCUUAUUGGUUCCUUUUUCGAGCAGCCAAAAGUCUUUAAUGUCAUAGCUGCCGAGUUGAUACUCUCAUUGAUUUGUGCCAGCACAAUGAUAGAGUUUGUGGCUGUUUUGAAAGGAACUGUCGAGUUGAGAAGAGUGAAGGAUGUGCAGGAAAUGCAAACAUUGAAUUGUGCAGCGGAUAUUGAAGGCGAUGCAAAGGUUUUGGAAAUUAUCGCGAGGAACAUAGAGCUAGUCAGAACAAGACUCGAAUGCAAGAUCUGCUUUCAACACUACUACAAAAACCGUAUCCCCAGAAUGUUGAAAGAAUGCGGCCACACGGUUUGUGAAAAAUGCGCGGAUAUGCUAUUGGAAAUGACUCAUAAGCAACACGUGUUCUGCCCGUUCUGUCAGAAAGUCACUCUGGUUCAUGGACCUGCCAGCCUACUCCCGAAAAACUUCACGAUCUUAGAUAUGAUCGCGGAAAGGGAGUAA